GAAAAUAAUUAAGAAACAUUUAAUAAUAAUAAAAAAAAAAAACAAGAUAUGAUAAAAAAAUUGUUUUUAAGUAUUCUCGUCCUUCAUUUUGUUGUAUCUUCAUCAUUGAUAGAAAUCAACUGCGAUUAUCAUGAUGAUGGCGAUUGGUGGGUGCUUAAAAAGUUUUAUUACUGCAAUGUGAAAAAUCAGAUGAAUAUUGAUUCGCCUGAUAGAGCUUACAUCGAAUCUGUAACUGGCAAACAUUUGAGGGACAAAAUUUUUGAUGAUGUUGAAGGAUUUGAAGCUGAUAAUUUGACAAUCCAUUAUUUUCCACGUGGAUUAGAAAAUAUAUUUAAAAACCUCAAAAUGAUCGACAUCAACAAUGGUCGAUUAAAAGAAAUUCAUCAAUCUGACUUGAAACCUUUUUCAAAAUUAGUAUGUCUUGAACUAUAUGAGAAUGACAUUGAGUCACUUGAGAAGGGACUUUUUGAUUAUAAUCCAAAACUAGAAAUGGUUUGGCUUUCAAGUAACAAAAUUUUUCAUGUCGAUGUUAAUUUAUUUGAUAACUUGGUCAAACUUACUUAUUUAUCACUCGACGCGAAUCGCUGCAUAUCUGAAUACGCUGAAAACGAUACCAAAAAAGUAAAGGAAAUCAUAAAAUAUUCAAAACAGAACUGUAAAGAUAUGAUUUAUUUGAAAAAACUGUUUCCUGAUUUCAUGGCAAAUAUUGACAAAAUGGAAGAAAACAUUGAGAAUCUUGAAAUCGAUAUAUUAGCUAACAAUGCAAUCCAUCCAGAUUAUAUCAAAAGUGAUGAUAACAACUACUUCUUUUUAGAUUUUUUUUUAAUUUUUUGCUGUGGGACAAUGGUUGGUAUUUUGGGAAUUUUAUUUUAUAAAAAAUUCUGUCCUGAUGGAUUUAAAGUAAACAAAAGAGUGGCUUUUGAAAAUCGUCAGUAUAGUAACCCGACUCUUGUUUAA